AACUACUCACGCUGUAGUCGCCGCCUCACUGCAGGGAAACAACAACGCGAAAAGUUGCAAGCACGCAUGUGGUUGCAAGGUUCAUUGUUGAAAUUUAUUUUCACAGUUUUAUAUGCAGACACUUCCACAGAGAUAUAUAAAUCAGUUUCGUGAAUGUGUGUUAUGUUUUUUUAUAAUUUGUAUUUACUACUGGUGUAACAUUCGGUUCAGAUAUACGGACGUAAUACAAGUUCGUGGUUCAACUCUUCAGACUUGGGCAGUUCUCGAUCAUCUUGACGAUGGCAUCAGACGGGGAACCCUCUUCGAAACAAGGAUCUUCCAAGAAGGCCAGGACUUUUGAUUUAGAGGCUAUUUUACACGAAACCAUAAAGACAGCUAAAGAAAGAUCCCAAUCCACAGCAGCUGAACAUGCUGAUGAUGAGGUAGCAUCAGAGGGAAAAAAGAGACCGUCCCUACAAAAGUCAAGAAAUAAUGAGACGUCGAGUAGUGGGAGUUCAAAUGAUUCAGACAGCAGUGACUCGGAUGAUUCAGGGAGUUCCUCAGAUGAACAGGAAAAUCACACAGAGCAGCAAGCAGGGAGAAAGAUUUCACCCAGGGACAAAACUAAAGUCAGUUCCAUCAAAAGUGUUUAUGUUACUGACUCUGGUGGUGAGAUUGGGCCACCAUUACCACCAGGCUAUGAAAAAGCAUUAGGAAAUAAAAGGGACUCUGGUGGUGAGAUUGGGCCACCAUUGCCGCCAGGCUAUGAAAAAGCAUUAGGAAAUAAAAGUGACUCUGGUGGUGAGAUUGGGCCACCAUUGCCACCAGGCUAUGAGGAGGGUAUGAUAGGUCCUCCAUCAGCAGCAGCAAGUGGAGAUGCAGCAUCAGAAACAGAAAGCAGUAAUGAAGAAGAUGAGGAGUCUCCUCAGGAUAAGAUCCCAGACAGUCAUGAGAUUGUGCUGGACCAUGGCAGUAAAGCUGUAUCAGCACUGGGGCUCGAUCCCUCUGGAGCUCGUCUCGUAACAGGCAGCUUGGACUAUGACGUAAAGUUUUGGGACUUUGCGGGAAUGGAUGCAAGUCUGCAGUCCUUCCGCACGCUGCGACCGUGUGAGAGUCACCAGAUAAAGGCACUGGAAUACAGCACUACAGGUGAUGUUAUCCUGGUGAUAUCUGGCAGUGCUCAGGCCAAGGUUAUUGACCGUGAUGGGUUUGAGAAGUGUGAGUGUGUAAAGGGAGAUCAGUACCUUGUUGAUCCAGCCAGCACAAAGGGCCAUACAGGAAUGUUGAAUGCUGGUUGCUGGAAUCCAAAGGUCCGUGAAGAGUUUAUGACUUGCUCUAUAGAUGGAACAGUGAGAAUAUGGGACAUCAACACACCACACAAACACAAAGGAAUAAUGAAGCCAAAGGGAACGGGAGGACGGCGGGUGAUCCCUACAGCAUGUGCAUACAGUAUUGAUGGUCGGUACAUGGCAGCAGCAUGUCAGGAUGGCUCCAUCCAGCUUUGGGAUCACAACAAGCACACAUUUGUAAAUGUUGCCAUGCACAACAAAAAUGCACAUGUCAAUGGCACAGACACGUCAUGUCUACGCUACUCCUAUGAUGGACGCCUAUUAGCUUCAAGAGGCGGAGACGGAACUUUGAAGCUAUGGGAUUUACGUAACUUCAGACAGCCUCUGCAGCAAGCUAAUGAUUUGCUAAACAUAUACCCAAUGACGGAUUGUGUCUUCAGUCCCGAUGACAGAAUGAUCAUCACAGCUGUAAGCAUGGACAAAGGAGGAGAGUAUGGAAAAGUUGUCUUUUUUGACAGAGAAACAUUCAACACAGUGUAUGAGAUGAAGAUACAAGGAACUAGUGCUGUGCGAUGUCUCUGGCAUCCCAAGCUGAACCAAAUGGUUCUGGGUUGUGGUGAUGGGCAGGUGCAUCUCUACUAUGACCCUAAGAAGAGCCACAGGGGAGCAAUGCUUUGUGUUGUACGGAAGAAGCACAAAGAGAAACAGACGGAGAUGGUUCUUGCCGAACACAUAAUUACACCAUAUGCCUUGCCGAUGUUCAGAGAAAGCCGACCAACCAGUACACGCAAGCAGGAGGAAAAACUACGCAAAGAUCCUGUGAAGAGCCAUCGACCCGACCUGCCUGUGCAUGGUCCUGGAACUGGCGGCAGAGUGGGAGCCAGAGGUGCUACACUGUCCCAAUAUGUUGCACAGUCAAUAGCAGCACGUAAGCCAGACCCUUACGAGAAAGAUCCUAGGGGAGCCAUCCUGCGUCAUGCCAAAGAGGCUGCUGAAAAUCCAUAUUGGGUUGAUACAGCAUACAAAAAAACUCAGCCAGUCCCAGUUUUUCAACCUCCAGAACCUGAAAAGGAUGACAAAGAUGAUGAACCUGUUUGGAAGAAGCAAAAGAUCGGGUGAAUAACAUUUGGCUAUAUCGCCAAGCAGGAGGUUAUAACUGUGACAAGCUCAAGGGGAAAGUAAGGCGCGUGGAUUUAUUUCCCUAAGACGCGCUUGGACUCCAGACUUUUCUCCUUUCAUGUUGGCGCCGCUGCCAUAACAUUGGCCAAGUAUAUCGGCAAAAUCUAGCCCCAGUGUUUUUAGCUCUUUUGCAAGGACAUCAGUCAGAUUCUCUCAAGCGGUUUACAAAACUGAAUUCCGCUUUAGCGUCUGUGAUUUAAAAAAUGCAAGCAUGCGUCUUUCUAAGCACGAAACAUCAGAAUCUCUCCUGGCAACAAUUAAAAAGUGGCCAGAACUUGAAUUAUGACUGGAUCAGAAAUGCACAGUGGACAAAAUCUAUCUAUCUAUUCUAUCUAUUCCUCUUCGUGCAUCAGGUUGCACAUAAGGCCUCAACCAGAGUCCGCCACCGAUGUCGAUCGGCUGAAACCCGCUCUAGGUGACCCCAUGUCCAGCCCUUUC